UGCAGAGCGGACGGAAGGAGCCGAGUCGAGUGGAGCCGCUUAACAACUUAUUUCCAACUUGCGCGUCUUAGAAGUUACCGCUAUUUGUCUUUUACGCGUGGAAUGACUCUGUUUUACUUGGAAGUUGUUUGCGCUGUAACCGGUUUGGUGGAGGAGGUUGGUCGUCGGGGCAGAUGGGAUCGACUCAGCAACAGCAGCAGCAGCAGCGCCAAACUCACAAUGCGCCCUGAGUGAGUGAGUGUGCACAACCUGGCUGGGACACACAAUACGGAUCCGCGGGCAUUCCGAGGACCCAUACACCGCCCCUGGCUUCUGUUUUCCCCAUUACUACCCCUUCAUUUUCGGAGCGACACCCUUCUCCAAAUUUUCACCGAUUGAUCGAGAAUUGAAUCCACUGCGAGCGAGGGGCGAGAGAGGAGGUUUGAUCCCAAAAAACUCAGCCAUGACGUCUCCGGCGAAAUUCCGAAAGGAUAAGGAGAUAGUUGCUGAAUAUGAAACUCAAGUUAAAGAGAUCCGCGCUCAGCUGGUGGAGCAGCUCAAGUGUCUGGACCAGCAGUGCGAGCUCCGGGUGCAGCUGCUCCAGGACCUCCAGGACUUCUUCAGGAAAAAGGCCGAGAUUGAGACGGAUUACAGCCGCAACCUGGAGAAACUCUCCGAGAGGUUCCUCACCAAGACCAGGAGCACCAAGGACCACCUGCUCAAGAAGGAGCAGAGCAUCCUGUCUCCUCAGAACUGCUGGAACCUUCUUCUGCUGCAGGUGAAGAGAGAGAGCAGAGACCACGCCACGCUGUCCGACCUCUACCUGAACAACAUCAUCCCCCGAUUCGCACAGAUCAGCGAAGACUCAGGACGCCUCUUUAAGAAGAGCAAAGAAGUGGGCAUCCAGCUUCAAGAGGACCUCAUGAAAGUUAUGAAUGAACUGUACACGGUGAUGAAGACCUACCACAUGUACAACACAGACAGCAUGAACGCAGAGUCGAAGCUGAAGGAGGCAGAGAAGCAGGAGGAGAAGCAGAUGGGCCGAUCAGAGAAACAAACCCCGCGCUCUCCAGACACUCUGUCCUCCAUCAAGUCUGAGGACAAACCAGUGAGACGCUCCAGUGUCAAGAAGAUUGAGAAGAUGAAGGAGAAGAGACAGGCCAAGUACACGGAGAACAAGCUGAAGGCCAUCAAAGCUCGUAAUGAGUAUCUUCUGGCUCUGGAGGCAACCAACAGCUGUGUGUUUAAGUACUACAUCCACGACCUUUCCGACAUCAUCGACUGCUGUGACCUGGGAUACCACGCCAGUCUGAACCGCGCGCUCAGGACGUACUUAUCGGCCGAGCAGAACGUGGAGGCGUCGAAACACACCGGCCUUGAGGCGUUAGAGGGCGCCACUGAGAGUCUGGAGCCCAACGGAGACAAGCAGAAACUGAUGGAGACCUACAACAACGUGUUCUGUCCACCAGCCAAGUUUGACUUCCAGUCACAUAUGGGAGACUCGGUGGGAGUGGUAUGUGCCCAGCAGCCUCUUGAAGGUGAACUGCUCCAGAGAUGUCAGCAGCUCCAGUCUCGUCUUUCCACUCUACAGAUCGAAAAUGAUGAGGUGAAGAAGACGAUGGAGGCCACUCUCUCCACCAUCCAGGACAUGGUGACAGUGGAGGACUACGACGUUUCUGAGUGUUUUCACCAUAGCAACAGCAUGGAGUCUGUCAAAUCUUCUUUCAGCGAGUCCUACCUGAGCAAACCCAGCCUGGCCAAAAGGAGAGCCAACCAGCAGGAGACUGAGCAGUUUUACUUCACUAAGCUGAAAGAGUUUCUGGAGGGCAGGAACCUAAUCACCAAACUCCAGGCCAAACACGACCUCAUCAACAAAACCCUGGGAGAAAGUCAAAAGACUGACUGUUGCAUUGCCAGUGGACGGAGGAACUCAGCUGUACGGAAACAGGACUCUGGAGAAGCCAUUCCUCUGAUGGUAGAGAGCUGCAUCCGCUUCAUCAGUCGUCAUGGUUUACAGCACGAAGGCAUUUUCAGAGUGUCUGGAUCCCAAGUGGAAGUCAACGACAUCAAGAACGCCUUUGAGAGAGGUGAGGAUCCUUUGGCCGGAGACCAGAACGACCACGACAUGGACUCUAUUGCUGGAGUCCUGAAGCUGUAUUUCCGAGGCCUGGACACGGCUCUGUUCCCAAAGGAAGUCUUCCAUGACCUCAUCUCCUGCGUUUCCAUGGAGAGCCUUCAGGAGCGGGCGGUCCACAUCAAGAAAGUGCUACAGCCUCUGCCAAGCAAAACCCUGAUCAUCAUGAGAUACCUCUUCGCCUUCUUAAACCACUUGUCCCAGUACAGUGAAGAGAACAUGAUGGACCCUUACAACCUGGCCAUUUGCUUUGGUCCCACACUCAUGUCGGUCCCCGAAGGCAACGACCAGGUGUCAUGUCAGGCUCACGUGAACGAGCUGAUCAAAACCAUCAUCAUCCACCACAGCGACAUCUUCCCCUCCGCUCAGGACCUGCAGGGGGCGGUAUACACCAUCCCGGGCACUGGAGACCACUUCUGUGAUAGUCCGCACUGUGAGCCCCCUCUAGUGGAGGAACCUGCUCCUGACAUCUCAGCCGGCAACAGUGAUGAUGGCUCGUUGGCUGUUUCAGACUGCGACCCGUUCGAAGCCGUGGCCCGGUUCGACUACACCGGACGCACCAAUCAGGAGCUGUCGUUCAAAAAGGGGGCGGUGCUUCUGCUGUACCGCCGCGCCUCCACUGACUGGUGGGAGGGGCGCUACAACUGCACCGACGGACUCAUACCGCACCAGUACAUCGUCAUACCAGACACGUCUGAUGGAGGAAGGGGAAGUCCUAAAGCUGAUCCAGACAUGAAAGAGCUGCUGGAAGAGCGAGUGGCCACCAGGGGGAGUGCUGCUUCACCCACAGGACCACAUGUGGCUGAUAUUUAUCUUGCAAACCUCAACAAGAUGAGGAAGCGUCCGGAGUCCACCAACGUCAGAAGAACUUUCCGAGGCUCAGACAGUGAAAGCACGGCCCCCAGUGCAGGCGUCAGGACCGCCUCUCUGCCUGUGGGGGGCGCUCUGGUGAAGGAGAGCCCAGACAAGAGACCAGUCAGUGCCCACAGCAUCCUCAACUCAGUCACCAGGCACUCCUCUCUCAAGAGCAAGGUGGAAAGCCCACAGUUGCGUAAAUCAACUCCUGCAGGGCGCUCUAAAAGCUUCAGUAACCACAGACCGCUGGACCCAGAAGUCAUCGCACAAGUGGAGCACAGUUCACAGGACAUAGAAGCGGCCAUGAGCACGGCACUGAGUGAGCUCCGUGAGCUGGAGCGUCAGAGCUCGUCCAAACACACCCCGGACGUGGUGCUGGACACUCUGGAGCAGCUGAAGGGGGUGGGGGGAGGAGGAGGGGGGUCUGGGGGGGCAUCUGAGCCCUCCAGCCCGCUCCACUCCAGACUGCUCCGGGACAGCGAGGGGACCAGCUCUCACCACCCACACCCGCUCCAGCGCAGUGCCUCUUCUGCCAGCGAUGUGCCCUCCUCCUUCAGACCCAAAAGUCAACCACGGAGCCCCCUCCCCUCCGCCACCUCCCCCUCCCUCUCUUCCUCCGCCCUCUCCACCUCUGUGCCCUCCUUCAGGGAGCUCAGACCUCCAGCCACCAGACCCAAACCUGUGGUGUUUCCUAAAGGCACCGGGGGCAGUGGAAGUCCUGCUAUGGGGUCUCCAACCUCCACUGUCCCUCCCACAGCGCCCCCUCCUGUGGGACACUCUCUAACCCAUACCCCCCCUCCACCUCCUCCACCACAGGCCAAUGACAAAUCAUGUCCUGCUUAGACGACUAACAUGGAGUAUCAAACAUGAGAGGUGCUCUUGUCUUUUUAAUCACAGCUCAUUUUAACAGAGAAGACUUUUGUGCUUUCACCAGCUCUUUUAUAAUUGUUACAGAACCCAUCCUGAUAAAUUUGAUCAUUUAUUCAUCUAAAAAAGGCUCAAUAUACUAAUGAAAUUCUAUCACCAUUUUCCACUGUGUGUGCUUUGGGUUCAAUAAGUAUAAUAAAAAUGUUGAGCUUUUAUAAAGCCUAAAUAUUUUAUGAAAUCUUCCAGGUGUAAAAGGAUAUUUAGUUCAAACCUGGAUUUAUGUUUUGUUUCACUGGAAACAAUUUAAAAUCCAGGUGAGCUGAAAUUAAGUAUUUAGUUGGAAAUUUAUUUCUCAAAAUUUUAUAAAACUGAACCUUUAAUCUAAAUGAGCUUUGGUUACAACAGCCAGAACACUUUAUUAUUCUCAUGUCAAAACCAGCUGCAAAAUGACAUGUAGCAUUGAAAUAUAAGUGUCCAGAUGGACUUGUGCCAAUCUGCCCCUGAGUCCUUCCUGUUCCACCUGUAGGACUUCUGCCAUCAGAGAUUCUGGGAGCGUCACUGGAUUUAACCUAUUUUCUAAAGGGAUCAGGACUCCGGAUGGAAAAUUGCAACUCGAUAAAUCCAACUUUAAAUAUUUGUACUGGAGUGUGCAAGAGAUGGCCUUGCCUUUACAUACAAAAAGCACUAUUUAAAUGUGUAAUAUAGACAUUUUUCUUUCUUCAAAUGGCCUAUUGCAAGUGGAAAAAAGUGUUUGAAUAUUAAGACUGUGAAAAGCUACAAAUACAACACUGACUUGCUGCUUGUAUAAAUAAAGUUGGACCUUUUUGAAUCACUCAAAGACUUUAAAAAAAUGGUCCAAAUAUGAGCAAAACGUGACUAAGAGCUUUAUGUUUUAUCACCUCUUCCAUUAUUUGUAGAUGGUGAUUUUGUUGUGCUUUGAUUGUGUAGUAUCAAAAAGAGACGUUUAACAGCAGUGGAUGAGAGCGCUUUGAAAGGGGCUGGCUACCUGUACACAAAUGAAGUUUUAAUACAAUUUAUGCAUUUAAACUAUGAAUUUAGUUUGGAUUUGUGGUGAUAAAAACUAAUAUAAUUUGCUUUUAUGCUACCUGAAAGAUGAAAUUGUAUGUUUUUGGCUCAAAUCUACUGGGGCAUUGCUCAUUUAGUAAAACCGUGCAUACAUCAAAAAUCACGCUUUUAAAAUUUGCCAUAUUUAGUCGCACAUUCUUUCAUCGAUAUUUAAAAUUUUAAAGAUAAUGUAUACAGGAUUUUACUUUUUUUUUUUUUUUUUUUUCAGAAACAACCAAAUUGAGCUCCAGAUUUCAAAUAAACAGUGAAAUAUUUGUUCAACAGACACAAACUUUGCAUCGAACUCUGUAACAAUUAAGAAAGAACGCAUUUUUUUUCAAGCCUUCUGACUGGCCAAAACAAAAACCAGUAGUGCCGAUUUUAAUUUUAAACCCACAGGGAUACAAUUAUACAAUUACCGUAAAUUCUGGACUAUAAGCCGCUACUUUUUUUCUCACACUUUGAACCCUGCGGCUAAUAAAACGAUGCGGUGAAUAUAUGGACGGAUUCUUUGUUUGGCACAUUGUUCAUUCAUAUAAACGGUCUAUGGUUUGGCAACACAGUGGAUAUGCGCAGCCUGAGAGCAGAGAACGCCGCUGUAUGUGCAGUUACACAUGGAUCUAGGGUUCACUCAAAUAGUUUAUUGCCGUGUGAUAAAAUAAGUUAUGAUGUUAAAUGAGCAUUAGUGAGGGGGAUAUGUCUUACUUGUUUGCGUAAAUGACGAGAAGAAAUGUCUCAAACUUCAGUAGCCGGACAUCCAGUCAGACCUGAUUGACAGAACUAACCCCUCCCCCGUGAGAGUCUGAAAUCUGCUGAAAUCCUCCGAGAACCUGACAUGAUACAGACAGAACAGAGACUCUUUCUGCAGGAGACAUGCGAUGUAGAGCGCUGGGAGAGACGGCAAGGAAGUUUUGAACAGUUAUUUUGCGCUUCAUACACACACCCUCCUCAUGGGAAACACACGAAGAAAUGCAGAUGAUGCAGCUUUUAAGUUAAAGACGAUUGAUGUGACUGUGGAAUAAGGAAACAGAGCUGCUGCACGUGAACUCGACAUCAGUGAGUCGAUGGUGAGAUUUUGGCGACGGCAGCACGACGAACUGACUCAAUCAAAAAAGACGACAAAAGCUUUCAGAGGCAAUAAAAGCAGACGGCCCGAACUCAAAAACGUUCUUGAAGAAGUGGACACCUGCUGCUUAUAUUCAGGUGUGGCCUAUAUAUGUACAAUUUUAAAAUUUUGUUAAAAUUUCAUUGAUGCGGCUUAUAUUCAGGUGUGCUCAAUAGUCUGGAAAAUACGGUAUAUUAUAGAACCCUAAGUGCAGGUGGCCACGAACUACCGACUUUACAUGGGUUUGAAGUUACCUUACGAUUAUUAAUCUAUUCAAAUCAAAAAUAUCUCCUCACCAAGUCCUUCAAAUCAGGAAGUAACCCACGAAUACCCAAACAUAACAACAGAAUUCGUGUACGUGAAGCCAGCCUCUUCACAUGUGUAUAGCAAUAAACAAAAGAGCAAGCUGGCUGUUUUAAACCGUUUAAUUUUCUCUUCGCUCAAUGUAACGGACCAGUGAACACAUUGAUGAUAUUUUGGGACUGUGCACGUAGCUCCACCUGGCUGCGUGGAGGUUUUCUGUGGCAGCUAAAAACAUCCCUUCAGGUUUUUCAUGCAUGCUGGGGCCAUGGACAGCAGCAGCAGCAACAGCAGCAGUAGUAGUAGUAGUACUAGUAGUAGUAGCCACAAAGGCAAACUAAUGACAACUUGGAAAUUAACUUUUGGACUAAAAUUCAAAAGGGUUUUUACUAUUUUAAUGUUUGUUGUUUAAUAUUCAUAACUGGAAACGUGACGCAGAGGAUAAUGGAGCACUGCAAAAAAUGGGAAAUCUGCAUCAGUUAAAUUUACUAGAAUUAUAAUUUUGGUUUUUACUUUAUGUUUUAGGAUAUAUAUUUUUUUAAUAUUCUGAUGAUGAAGGGUACACCACUCGUUUUUCUCUAUGAAGAUCUUAUUGCUUUGCCUGGAAUGUCCCACAGUACAGCAUUAAACUUAAAUUUCUCCGUGGAUCAAGCAUGCCAAGUUGCAGGUCAGAUUUGUGGAGAGGCGAUCUCACUCACAGUAAAAAAAAUACGGAUUUUUCGAUGCAUUUCUGAGCAAUAAAAACGCUUGUAUUCAUUGCGCAAUCCAUACUGGGAAGGAUUUUCUGAAAAAGUGAGCAUCAAACCGCCAUGUUUGUUUUCCCAGUGGGACGUGUCUAUUGACAAAGUCGAUCUUUUCUAGUCUUUUGAAUCAUAUCACUUUUGUUUCUGGUUCUGAUAUUGUCGUAUUUUACUUUUGGGAUUCGGACAUUGUAAUUGUGUGGUUGUUGGAUGUCCUAACACCGGAAAACGGCUUGAGAAAUUUGUUUGUGAACUCCAUAAAUGCAAAAGGGAAUCAGAUGUGUGUGACUGCAAACCUCCGUUCAAACUCUUUCUCUUCCCAAUGGAAUUGAAAAAUAGUGAAAGGCGAAGGCGAUGGGCAGUACUGAUCCACAGGAAGGACCAAAAAGGAAACCUUUGCCUGCCUAAAUCAUCUCGAGAACAUUUUGUAUAUUUGAAAAGUCAACGCCAGAGCGAAGUACCUCUCGCUUAACAAACAGGAUCCCGCUUUGAUUGCGCUCCACAUACAAAAUGUUCGUUGCAGUCAAAGGUUUUCUUUUUGGUCCUUCCUGUGGAUCAAUACUGGUUUGAUACUCACUUUUCCGGAAAAUCCUUCCCAGUAUGCAUUGCGCAAUGACCGGAAGUCCAAGAUUCUUGAUGCAUCUACUGAAUAAAUGUGAAAUGGAUAUGUUGAAUGCCAAACUGUUGAACAUUCAAGCGACUUCAUCUCCGUGGAGACAAGCAGGUGGUGGACAUUACACCAGAAAUGUUAUUCAUUUUGGAACACUGAAAUCAAAUUCAGUACGCUUUUAGAGUAAGACAAAAAAUCAUAUUGGCAGAUAAUUUUUGGCCUGUUGAGGAAAAAAAAAAUUGGAAAAAGUAAAAUCUAAAUAUCUAAAACUACUAAAGUGACAUAACCUUUCCUGGAUUCUUCUAAAUUUAGGUGUUGCAGGAAUUCCCUUUUUUUUGCAAAUAGUGAGAUAAGCACAACCGUGACCACCUCAUCCAAUGCGAUUUUAUAUUAGCGUUUUUGAUAUAAUUUCUCAUGUUGAUUGUUGACGCUAUGGUGAAAAUGUGGAGCCGUGUACCAGGUUUAAACAGGUGUAAGUUAGCAUGUGUGUGUGCCUAUGUGAGCAUGCAUGAAUGUCCAGUCCACCACAGUCUGAGAAGCACCAACUUUGAUCACUGUUUGGCCAAUCGAAUGGACCAUGUUGAUAAAUGAAUGAAUAUGCACUCUAUGUAUGCGGUUAAAGCGAAUGCAGAGACAAUAUAGACCCUUUUAAGAGAAACUGAUACUUUGCAGCAGUGGCAUGACGCUUGGGGGGGAGGGGUUCUACAUGUAUCUCUAAAGUGGAAUGUUUAUUGUAGUUUAUAUAUAGUUGCUUCCAUUUCCUUAUUUCAAGAAAGUGGUAGAGAUUUUAUUCAAUCUGUACGAUUUGAGUCUAAGGUUACGUUUACACUGAAACGUAUCACCGUAUCGGAAACUAUCUGCGUCCACACACGUCGUUUCUGUGUCCGCAAGCCUCCCCUAUUCACACAGCUUUGCCCGUAUUUGUUUAUGCUUUACAGAAACAAAACUUAAAACCGCAUUUGCAUAAACUAAGUGCUCAAAAAACAGCUCGCUUCUUGUGCGCUGAUGUGGUUCAGCUUCUGUCGGACUAAAGGACAUGACUCAGUGGAAUAUGAGUGUUCUUUCUGUGACAGAGGGGUGUUCUGCUGAUGGUGAGUCUGUUCUGUGCUUCUAUCUUGUUGGAGAUGGUUCAUAUUAAACUUUUCAGAGAUUAUACGUCUGCAGGUCGUACGCACAGACUGUAUAUAUGAAUGGACAUAUAUUCUAGCCUCUUAGCGUUUUGGCAGUGAAUUACUUGCGCGGCGCAUAGACCUACGUCAGCGUUUUCAGGCGUCCUCACAGUGCCAGAUCAGAUCAAAUGAAUUCAUGGGAGCUGGCAGCACCAGAUCCUUCCGUCUCUGGAGCCAUUUUCCAUCGGAUUAGUGUGGACGAACACUGCAUCCGCAACGAAAACAACUUGAAUAUAUACUAGUGUGGAUGAGGCCUAAGAUUGUCUCAGACGAAUGAAGAUUGUUGCUCGAAAUGGAGUGAGAAGAAGUAAGACUAAAACACUAUGGUUACAGUGCCCACAUUAGCGAACACCGUCAAAAAGCGUCUAUAAACUUUUAAACACAUUUCCAGGAGCUGUGAUCAGUCUGAACAUUCAUGGUCCUGUUUAGGUGUUUGAUUUUCAACAAAAAGGCUAGUUUGCGACUGUCAUUUUUGUUCAAGAGCAUAAAUCAGAUCACCUAAGCAACUCUUUUUGAUCAGAUUGUACUAAAAUAAAUCGUCAGACAGCGCAAGAUUGUUGCUCGAAAUGGAGUGAGAAGAAGUAAGACUCUUUUUAACCCACUCCGGUAUCAGAACACACAAAAAAAAAACAUGGUUAUAGUGCCCACAUUAGCAAACACUGUCAAAAAGCAUCUAUAAACUCAAGAAAAAAGUACCAAAUGGAUUUAAACGACUCAUUUUCAGGAGCCUGUGAUCAGUCCAAGCGUUCAUUGUCCUGUUUAGGAGUUUGAUUUUCAACUAAAAGGCUAGUUUGUGACUGGUAUUUUUCUUUAAGAGCAUAAAUCAGCUCACCUGUUCCACUUAAGCAACUCAUUCUGAUCAGAUUGUACUAAAAUAAAUCAUCAGACAGAGCAUUGCCUCCAGUUAGAAUCACACCCCCAGGGAACGAUGAUGACAUCAGCUGCAAAGUAUCCGCAUUUUGGCUUAAACAUUUUCUUAACAACUGCAGUUCCACGCCUGGGUGAUCGUUUCUUGACACUGUGGUCAUGUAGUCACCUAUUAACCCGGAUAACCCUGGAGUUUAGACCUGUGGAAAUUCCGAAAUGCAUGCGAAUCUGACGUUAUUUUUCGGGAUUUCAGUCUCACUCCUGUAUGUUGUUAAAAUGUGCACUGUGAACUGAUUCCCGGUUUGAAAACAUAAAAUGAAAAAUCAAAUCGCAGUUGCCGUACUUGACAGAAAAUCCAGAAAAUCAUUUGUGCAUUUACUUUGAAAGGGUCUAUCUUUGUCACUGCAAUUGCAAACCAGCUUUAUUUUGAAAAGACCAAAACGCAUUGUAGCUUGCUCAAUUGUAGCUUUUGAAUUUACUAGAAAAAUCUCCACUUUAUCAAUAGUAUUAAUUCACAUUUUUAGCGUUUGCCAAAAAUGGAAUGAGGCCUUUUUUUUUGUUUUGUUUUUAUCAUUGUUAAAUAAGUAUUAAGUAUUAGCCUGUAUAACCACACUCAUGACCAAUCAGAAUCAUGUAUCAAAAAGGGGGCGGGGUUUAUGCAACUUUUCUGUGAUUGGCUGGUUGUAUGUAGUUCGAAUGGAGCUCAAUAGUGACACCCACCUCUUGGUUUCCGAGAUAAAUUUCCCAUAAUUUUUUUCCCGUAGAUUUUAACAAAAAAUAUAAUUAUGUAGGAGUUUGAAAGCGCUAUGUGCUAAAGGUGCACUAUGUAACUUUUUGGAUGGGGGUCAGUCACCUUCUUGUUUCUAUGGUUAUGUCAUUGCUCUUUCUGGAAUGUCCCACAGUAUGACAUAAAACAGCUCAACCUUACAUUUAUUCCAUUACAAAUGUUUUCAUAUCUCAAAAAUGCUGAGAAAAACAGGCAUUCUGACUGUGAGCGGGGUCGCCUCUCCAUAGAUCUGACCUGUAACUUAGUCUUUUUUUUUUUUUUUUUUGCUCACAAAGAUGAUAGAAAGGUUUAACACCAUACUGUGGAACAUUUCAGACAAAGCAAUAAUAUGGAGGAAGAAAGUUUUCAGAAAUAUUCGUGUGUAGAUAUCCGUAGUCAGGCUGGCGCCACCUAGUGUGUCCACUAGAUUUAAUUUCUCUCCAGCGACUAGAUCAGGAAUCAGAAUACACUAGACUUUUUUGUGAACUGCUGAUUGGCUGGUGCGAGUUCGGGCACCAGCCAAUCAACGAAGAGCCAUACAUUCUGUGUUGGCAACGAUUCCCGAGAUCGAGAUAAAAGCCACAACAAAGAGAAUGUUUGGUAAAUUUUAUCAAGGAGAAAGACGUUAUUGUCCUUCUUCCUACAGGAUUUGGUGCAUUACAUACGUCACGACCAAAUAGCAGCGAUUGAUUAAAUGAAAAAAAGUACCCGCCUACCGUCAAGCGAACAAAUUCUAAUGCUGAGAGGUCAGACGGUUUCCACGAAGUGAAACUGGCUGAUGAAUCAGGCUAAGAACUCUGUGCAUAUUCGGCUAUAGUUGAUCAUAAAGUAAAUAUUCGUAAACUCUCGAAUGAGUCCAGUCGUACACAAAAUGCAUUGUGUGUAUUUUAUCCAUCAGAAUACAAAUUGAAAAGUUAAUUUAAGUUUAAAGUAUAAAAAUUAAGUUAGUUAAAUGAAAAUUUAAGAUUAAGCUUUCUUCAGUACCAAUACGAAUUCACAGACGCAACUCGACUGUCUAAAAUCCGUCAUCACUUCACAGGCAUUGUUUAUGGAGCAGAAGAACAACAAUCGAGAUGCCGGACUUUUGCACCGCAUAUGGACUGAACUAGGACCAAAUUUAGGUUUAAAAGUAUCUUAGGAUAUUAUCUUCAACGUAGCUGGUGUAAUAAUUGAAUCUUGGGAAAACGAUUUAUGGAAAAUUUACUUCCUGAACUAGAGCAAACUUCGACGUGGGCGAGACUGUUGAGCUUUCUUGCAUUAACCAACUUGAAUUUUCCUGUUUCCUUUUAUUAGUCAUCCAUCCCUCAUACAAAAUGCCAAAGAGGGAAUUUUAAAUAGUUAAUAUCCUGAUUUGCCCCGCCCCUUGAAAUGACACUUUCUUAAAAAAACAACGAAUUUCCAGUCAAACCACAUUGAACUUUUCCUUAUAGUUUCUAUUUUCUAGAGCACAAAAUGCAUUCCUAACGCCAGUUUCUUUCUAAAAAUGUACAAUAUAUUUUUUUUCUAAAUGCCAGAUUCUGUGCAUAGAAGUUUCUCCAUCUCAAUCAUUGUGCACUUGAACAACCUUUGGCCUGUGUGCAAACUGUGUGCGGAUGAUCUGAAUAUUGUGAUAUAUGCAUUUGUCGUGUCCGGUGGAAAUUAAAACUAAAAAAGAGACUGUAAUGUUAAAUCUAUUUAUAGUUUUAUCUGUAUUUCUGGAAAAUCCUGUGUCAGAUGUACUUUGUAUAUACACACUUGUACAUUUCAGAGGUACAUUUUCUGUUUUCUUCUCUUUUUUGGUACAAUAUUAAUGUACAGUAAUAGCAAUAGUGGUUUAAUCAAAUAGGCCUUAUAUAAUUCUAUGUGUAGUUCUUGUAGUAAAUCUGUUUUUUUUAAUAAACAUUGCUUGCUAUAAAAAUGA